AUGACUCAGAAAAAGUGUUCUGUCGCGCACGGUUGUGACGCGCUAGUGGCGUUUGAUGCGCGCAGCGUGUUGCGCGCGCGUCGUUCGCUAGGGGGCGUUGAUCGGCCAACAAGAUUGGAGUGGUGGCCGGGUGCCUGCGCGUCGGCCGCUAGGGGGCGUUUGGCGACGGCCGACAAGAUUGAGGUGGUGGCCGGGCGCGGGUGGGGAAGGCGCGCGCGCGUGCGGCCCCUGCACGCGCUGGGCCGCGCGGCCGGCAUGCUGGCCUCGCAGCGCUCGCAGUCGUGCAACGAGGAGGGCGCGUUCUUCGGCGCGCGCGCACUCCGCCGGCCGCGCGGUAAGGGCAGCGGCAGCCCGCCCUGC